CAGAGUAUACGUAUCAUGGUCCAGAAGCACGAACUCGAAUGCAAAGCAAACAAGUGCAGAGGUUUACUGGAUAAAUACAAGGUUUUGAUAGAUUCACCUUUAGUAUCGUUUUUGGUGGAUGAUCAAUGGAGUUUCAUUGAAGAGUUAGGGUGGUCAAAAUAUUUGUUGAGCCUCUCUGAUCACGAUAUUUCUCUUCUACCUGAUCCAAAAUGUUUCCCAGUCACUUCAAAUACCCCUGAAUCACUAGCCAUGCUUGUUAGUGAUUGUCUUGAUAUCUACGGUUCGUUUACCAUGGUUGAGUCCGGGAUACCAGAGGGAUUUGUUAAAUUAGGCAUGAGUCCUAAAAAGCAGCAUGAAGUGUUUAGGAUGGGUAAUGCUGUGAAGGACAUCAUUGAAAGGAAUAAGGAAAUUUCACAAGUUAUUGAUUUUGGCAGUGGGAAAGGAUAUCUGCCAGAGUAUAUUGCCUUGACAUCACCUGGAAUACAAGUUGUUGGCCUUGAUCGUGAAAAAGUUAAUACAUUAGGCGGUUCACAAAGAAACAGACUCAUGGAGAAACUGUGGCUGCCACUUUUUAAAAAACUGAACGAUGGUAACUCAAAUUUAGACAAGAACUCAAUGAAUCACUACCAUCCUGUCACUUUAGAACUGAAAGAAGAACACAUUUGUAAAGAUUUUGUCAGUAACGUUUCGAGUUUGUCUGAAGGUUUUAUAUCUCCUUGUGGUGGAACUAUGUUAGUCGGUUUGCAUGCCUGCGGGGACCUAACUUCACUACUUCUUCAGACCUUCAUAAAUUGCCCUCAGCUGAAAUCUAUCGUUGCGGUAGGAUGUUGUUACCAUUUGAUCACUCAGAAAGAGAGGACCCAAUCUUACAUGUCAGAUGGCCCUCAUAAAAAACAACUCUGUGAUCCUAAUUCAAUUCACGCUUAUCCAACAUCAAAGUACUUGCAGCAGUACCCUCUUUACUUCACGCGAAAUGCACUGAAUUUAGCCAGCCAAGCUCCAGAACGAAUGUCAACGUCAAGAUCUUUACCGGCCAAGAAUUUGUUUUACAGAGCUGUCUUUCAUGUUUUGUUGCAAGACGAGUUUGGUUCAUUGCCUGCACGCAAUGUUGGACAUUCAGCCAGUGCAGCCCCAGAUUUCUUUAGGUACUGCAAAACCGCACUCAAAAAGUUGAAACUCUGUGACGUUUCAGAUCCUGUGAUUCAAUCAUACUAUGAAAGGUUUAAUGAUGGGACGGUAGAGCGGCAGCUUUAUGCCUUUCAUCAACUGAGAAUAUUACUCACUCGGGUUAUUGAAUCUUUGAUAUUGAUCGAUCGAAUGCUAUUUUUGCAUGAUAAUGAGAUUGAGCCAUCUAUACUCGGUCUAUUUGAUCCUGUUGUUUCACCGAGGUGCUAUGUUUUAGUAGCAGAAAAGUUGCGACACUGUACCAUGCCCACUUUUGGAAAAUAGCCUUUUAACAACUAUCCAUUUUAUUGUACCUAGUUGUCUUUCUUGCAAAUUCGAUCAUUA